AUGGAUGAGUUCGCGCAAACCAGGGGAGCGGACGAUCUGUUCGACGAUGAGAUCGUCCCUGUGCCCGCCGAGGAACAGCCCCAGCCCGAGGUCCAAGUGGAGGAACAGCCUGUCGCGACAGUAGAUACCGCUACGCCGUCCCCUCCGGCCGACACACCGGCACGGCCCCGCGGUGGUGAAAAGCGGAGUCGGGGUCGGGGUCGAGGGCGUGGCGGCCGAGGAGGUCCGCAGAACCCCGGCCAACGACGUCCCGACGCGACAUCAAGAGCGAAGUCGGUUGAUAGCGCAGCUCAGAACGAGAGCGAGACCGCGGAGGAGUCGGCGCGCGACACGCCCGAUGUCGCGGAGCAGGAGGAUAAAUCAGAGACUGCCGCAGACAAGUCUGCCGCCGGGGCGGAGGGACCGCGGGUACCCGCUGUUCGUGGCGAUCGGAGCGCCACCGGAGGGAUCAAGAAGCCAAAACUCACAGAGGAGGAACUGUCGCGCCGCAUUGCCGCGGCCAGAGAGAACGCCGCCAAGGUAGCUGCUGCGCAUGCGCGUGCCGAAGCAGAUCAAGCCUCCUUCUUGGAACGUGAAAAAGUCGCAGCGGCCAAGCGCCGCGAGGAGCUCCAGCACCGCCGCGUCAUGGACUCGGAAAGAGAGCGCAACCGGCAACGAAAGCUCCAGGCUCAAACGGGAAGAGAAUGGGACGCCGAUAAGCAGGACGAGGCCUUCAGCGCGCGCGGUGGGAAACAGUUCCGCCGAGGCAUGCACGGUGGUGUUUCCGGAUAUACAAGACGAGACUUUGGAGACUCUGCUGCUGGUGAUGAGGCCUCAAACAGCUAUUCGCACCAUGACAGCCUUCGCGGUAGAGGACGUGGGCGCGGUGGACGUGGUCGUGGGGGUGCCCGUGGUCCACGAGACGGACCAGCGGCUGAGGGCACAUCUAGGGGACUCGCUGAGUCUAUGCACGCCCCGCCCCCUGUCAUCGACAACGAAGCCGAAUUCCCUGCGCUCCCUGUUGGCGAGAAGAAGGAGGACAGCGUGGUCGAACCCCCGUCUGACGCCGACCUCCGCAGAGUGGAAGCCUCCUUAUCACCAGUGUCUGCUACAGGAGCCACGUGGGCCGACCAGGUUGAGAGUGGCUAA